AUGUCUAGCGAACUGCCAAGCAAUCUCGUCCUGAAGAAGGUCUCGCCAAGAAUCUGGCUUCCGUUCCUGACCAUCGCAUGGGGUAUUGUUACCAUGUGCCUCGGUUUCGUCCGUAGUUACGGAAGUUUUGUCGCCGUCCGCGCCGUUCUCGGGAUGUGUGAAGGAGGCCUGCUACCUGGAAUGGUUCUGUACCUGUCCGGUCUUUACACCCGUGGAGAACUCGCUCUUAGAAUCGGCAUUUUCUACACCGCAGCGUCUUUGUCGGGCGCAUUUGGUGGUCUUCUUGCAAGAGGACUUUCUGCCAUCGGCCCGAGUGGAAAUCUUGAGGGUUGGAGAUGGAUAUUCAUCAUCGAAGGCCUCAUCACAGUUGUGUGUGGAACCAUCGCCGCUUUCGGUCUGCCGAACAACCUCGCAACUGCAAAGAUUCUUACGCCCGAAGAGCGAGAAUGGGCCUUGGUCAGACUUCAAGGCCACGCCGGGUACAGUCAGGCCAGUGAGCGAGAGGAGAAGUUUCGAUGGUCGGAAGUUGGUCGCGGCGUUCUGAACCUUCAAGUCUGGUUGAGUUCGACUGCUUACUUUGCAAUCCUCUCAGGCCUGUACUCUUUUGGCCUGUUCCUCCCUACCAUCAUCAAUGACCUCCACAUCGCCUCAAACGCCAACCAGUCUCAGCUGUGGUCCGUUAUCCCCUACGCUGUUGCUACUCCCGUGACAGUUCUUGUUGCGUUCUUGUCGGAUCGUCUACGGGUGCGCGGCCCGCUCAUGCUCGCCGUCCUGCCGAUUUCGGUCAUUGGCUACGCCGUCAUCGGCAACGUGACUGCGCCCCAAACAAGAUUUGCAAUGACCUGUCUCAUGGCCAUUGGAAUGUACAGUGCAGUCCCGUGCGUUCUGAGUUGGAACUCGAACAACUCGGCCGGGCACUACAAGCGGGCAACUACGUCGGCUUUGCAGUUGGCAAUCGCGAACUGCGGAGGCUUUGUUGCGACCUUCAUCUAUCCCAGCACCCAAGGCCCAUACUAUCACAAGGGUCACACCAUCAUCUUGGGACUGCUUUGCUAUGCUUGGGUUGCCACACUACUGAAUGUUCUUUGGUGUUCCAAGAUUAACCGCGACAAGGCUGCGGGCAAGUACGACCAGUUCAUCGGCACGGGCGACGAUAGAGAGCCUGAGUUCAAGAUGGUCCUGUAA